UAACAUGUCAAUUUGUUUGCAAUAUUUAAUACUUCGAAAAAGGAUCAUUUUAUUACGGAUUACACAACGAUAAAAUAUCCUGCUUUAAUUACUGUGUGAUACUAUUAAUCACUUCAAUCAAUCUAUGCACAAUGGAAAAAUCUUUCAGGAAUAAUAAUAGGCUGUCGAGACUACUGUCUCUUUCACCAAGGACCAUAACAACCAUAUUGGAUGUUGUAUCAUGAUACCCGACUGAUUUGAGUGGAACGUAACAGUUAUGCACACCUUACGACGGUUUUGUAACCAGCGUAGUUUCAAGGGUUGUGCGUAUGUAUUAGGUGCAUCAGCCUUUGUUACUGGAGGAGGUUGGGCUGUUACCAAAAUGAAUGGCUUACGUAUAAUAAAUAAGUCCCUUGUUGUUUCCUGCAGCACUGUUCCAUUAGUUACAAAGUUUUCUGAGAUAAACCUCAAUGAUUGGAUGUCUUCACCAGUUUCCGCAAUAGAUCAGUUGAAGACUAAUGAUGAGUGCUAUCGAACAAAAAUGGAGAUGUUGUGUAUGGAGCUUCAGGGUCACUUGUGUAAACAAAUUGAAAGAAUUGAUGGGAAGGCUAAAUUCCGCGUGGAUAAAUGGGAUCGUCGUGCUGGUGGCGGCGGAAUUUCUUGCAUUUUAGAAAACGGUGAAGUCUUUGAAAAGGCUGGUGUAAACAUAAGUGUUAUCAGUGGGAACCUCAGUCCAAUGGCUGUGAAGGAAAUGCGUUCAAGACAUAAAGAUAUUGAUCCAGACGCAGACUGCAAAUUUUUCGCUUGUGGCAUUAGUUCAGUUAUCCAUCCUCUUAACCCUUAUGUACCGACGACGCACUUUAAUUUCCGUUAUUUUGAAGUGGAUAUGGGUAAUAAUCGUAAAUCAUGGUGGUAUGGUGGUGGUGCUGAUUUAACACCAUAUUAUCUAUUCGAUGAAGAUGCUAAACACUUUCAUGAACAACUUAAACUAGCCUGUGAUAAACAUCAUGAAUCAUUUUAUCCACGUUUCAAAAAAUGGUGUGAUGAUUACUUCUAUUUAAAACAUAGAGGUGAGACGCGUGGUGUUGGUGGGAUAUUUUUCGAUGAUUUAGAAGACACAUCACAAGAGAAAGUAUUCAGUUUUGUAAAAUCGUGUGCUGAGGCUAUAAUUCCAGCCUAUUUGCCUAUUGUUGAAAAACGAAAAAACUUGAAGUAUACUGACUUGGAACGUGAGUGGCAGUUGGUUAGGCGUGGACGUUAUGUGGAGUUUAACCUAAUUUAUGAUCGUGGCACAAAAUUCGGCUUAGCUACUCCAGAAGCGAGAAUUGAAAGUAUUUUAAUGUCACUGCCACUUUUUGCUCCCAUCUCAUUCAAGUGUCAUUGAAAUGGCCAGACGACAUUUAGAAUCAGCUUUAGCAGCUGGUGCUUUUAUGGAAUAUGGUAUAGCACCGUGUUUUCGAUUCACGCGUAUACGAUUUGUUCGGCAUUGUUUCCCACCGAAUUAUGAUUGUCCAAACAAGUUUGCCGAGUUAAUUAUUGAUGGUAACGAUGUUGAUGAUAUUGAUAAAUUGAUCAAUGAAGGAGUGAACACUUAUGAUAAUACAUAUAUAGUCACCAAAUGUAAUUGUUUUGGUUUAGAGAAUUUGAAAAAGCCAUUAAAUGAUGAUGACAAUGACGAUGUAGACGGAAAUACAUAUAUGAGGAAUAAACAACUGAUUGUAAGCAGUGGUGACUGUGAAGAUGUGAACAAACACGAUACAACUGCCUGUCGUUUACAUAUGCGAGAUUAUCUGAGAAGACAACCGUGGCGUCGUUUACAGGAUGAUUAUGCAAUACAUGCAAUACAAUUUAGUAUAGAUGGAAAGUAUAUUUUAGCUGGUUCUGCAAAUACAAGUAUUCGAGUAAGCCUGUUUUUGUUAUUUUAAAGUAAAAAUCUUGUUUUGAUUUUCUUAACACGCUGGG